GCGCGCCGCCCGCCUCAUUACCGACAUUAUAAUAUACGUGUUUACACAAUAUCGUCUAAAUAUUUGAACGCAACGCAUUACCUUCCUGUGAAGAAUGGUCGUCGAGUUGUCUGUGUAAUAUUUUAUCCGGUGAUUUAUUGAGACAAUCUUUACUGGAUUUUGGAAUUUUUGUUGAUUAGGAAUUCUCUGAAGGACAUAAGAUAAUUGUUUUUGGAAUUUUAAUAUGAGUGUGGAGUUAAGUGAAAUGUAGUUACAAGUGAUAAGUGGGUAUGUGACAGUGAUAUAGUGUAUAGAAGUGAAGAUGUCUCGUCGGGAGACGCGUGUGGAGCGCGCCGACUACCCCCCGCCGCCGCCGAGCAAGUGUGCUAAGGUGCUUUACUACACGUGGAAACUAUGCUCAGUGGUGUUUUCUCACUUCGUGAUGAUCAGCCUCGUGGUGGCGUAUUGUAUCCUGGGAGCUGUCACCUUCGAGAGACUCGAAGCGCAACACGAAAGAGAGGUGAAGAUGAACAUAUCGCAGAUUCGCGGCAACACGACGCAGAACAUUUGGUUUAUGACCAACCGAGUGUCGUAUCUGAAUCAGACGAACUGGACCGCCGAGGUCGUUGACAUGCUUAAGGAUUUUGAAAACGCAAUUCUAUUGGAGAUGAAGGUUCGCGGCUGGGAUGGCAAUGAGAGCACCGACCACAUCCAGUGGACCUUCACGGGGGCUCUGUUCUACUCCAUCAUUGUCAUCACUACCAUAGGCUAUGGACACAUUGCACCUAAGACUCAGACUGGUAAGGUGGUGACCAUCUUCUACGCUAUCCUGGGCAUCCCCCUGAUGCUGCUAUGUCUUUCUAAUAUUGGAGACGUCAUGGCAUCUUCAUUCAGAUUUUUGUAUUGGCGAGUCUGUUGCUACGUAUGUACGCGCCCUCCUAAACCAAGUCACCGGCACUAUAUGAGGCGAUCGAAUCGAACUGGGAGCACGCGGGGAUCAACUCGGCGUCGCAAACCACUCGAACGAUCUCAAUCGGACACUGAUUGCAGAUACCGUGACAGCGGGUAUAACAGUACACGGCCGCGACGGGCGCGCCCCCCCGCAGCGCCACCCAUUUUUGUGCCGGCUUCGCGUACUCGCUCGCAGCCUCCCGCCCACUCGAAGCCGUUCGGGCCGAGAGAUUAUGAAGACGAUCGUUCCCCCGUCAGGUAUGAAAAAUAUGGAAGAGAUCCUUACGAGGAAGAGGAGGAAGAGUUUCCUAAAAUAUCAUUACCGUUACAAGAUUUACAAGCAGCUCUUAAAGACUUAGAAGAUUUUCAAACGAAGGUUACAUCGAAACCAGAGAUAAGAAGCAAAUCGCUCCCCAGGCAGUCGAGACCGAAGUCUGAAUUUGGGCCUCGACGGGAUUAUGACGAGCAGAGGCACUUUGAUUUUGAUGAAGGUCAAGAAAUAUACGAGAUGCAUGAUCUUCAUGAUGUCGAUUACGAAAACUAUAAAGAAAGAAAAGCCUUGGAGGAAAGAGAAAGAAGAAGAAGGGAUAGAGAUGACUUUCCAAGAGAUCGCGGAUAUGAUCCAGAAGAUGAAGAUUUUGAGUUUGACAUCCCUAGAAGAAGACCAACUUCUGAUAGAAGGGUUAACCGUGGCAGAUCAGAAUACUAUGAACGUGAUAUAGAAGAGUAUCCCGGGGAGAAAAAGCGAGGAAGAAGAGCCCGCAGUGCCAUUUAUGAUUACGAGCGGCGCUGGGAUGAGGGAGAUGACGAGCGCUGGGAUGUGGAAAGAGGACGUAAGAGGUUACGGCGCUUACAAACUGUCGACGAUACCGUGAAAGCCCCUUAUAGAUAUACACCCUCACCCGAAAGAGAGGAAUGGAGUGAUGAAGCGCCGCCACUGCGUCGAGGUCGUCCUGCAGCUUGGGGCUCGCGACAAUCAGAUAUAUAUGCUGUCCAGCUGGUUGGACCCGCUAAGGAGGAGAUAAAACCAGUACCCAUAUGGUUGUGCGUUUUCUUGGUGGCAUCGUACAUCGUGGCGGGCACGUUUCUAUUCAAGCGGUGGGAGGGCUGGGCUUACCUGGACGCCGCAUACUUUUGCUUCAUCACGCUCACAACCAUUGGCUUCGGUGAUUUUGUUCCUGCCCAGGGUCAAAGUGGAGAAGCUGCGGACGCUGUACAUUCAAUAGCCCUGUGCUCUCUAUACCUCUUGUUCGGCAUAGCGCUACUGGCGAUGUCCUUCAACCUCGUGCAGGAAGAAGUCAGAGCCAAUGUCGCUGCCGUAGCGACUCGUCUCGGCAUCAUCAAGCCCAGAGACAACACCGAAGAUUAUUGAAAUAUGAAAACUUGACAAUAUAUUUAAUACAAGGAGACUUGUAUCAAAUAUAUUGUUUAUGAAUACAUAAACAUAUUAGUUCAUGAACAAGACAUAUAUGCACCCGUCACAUAGACGUACAUAAGCGCGAAAAAUAAACAUACAAACGUGCAGCCUAUAGAACCAUAAAGUUGCUGUUAUUUAAUUUACAUCACACAACUAGGAAGUGACUGGCUUUCAAAUCACGUGUUAUCCUAGUUUAGGGACCUUGGAU